UGUAGUGGGCGGGGUUUAUGGGAGGAGUCGGGCAGCUUGUGGUGGUUGGAAGUUGCAGGGCGGAGAGUGGGGGCUCGGGCGGAAGAAGAGAGGUUUUGUGCAUAGAGCUGCUCGGGCCGGAUGAUGCUCUUGGAGCUGGGAGACUUACUGCUUACCGCAGGCAGAGAGGCAGCGGUGGGAAUGGCCAGAGCUCUUUGUUUUGAUUAGGAACCUGCCAGACUCUAAGUGGGAGCUGUAAUGUCCCUGAACUGAAGGCCAGAUUUCUUGGUGCAUCACCUUGAGACAUCAGAGAAUGCAAUGGACUUUGAAAGCGCUGCAGGCAUCCGUGGCUGUAGAAAUGAGAUAAUGCACCGAAAGGACCUCAAUCUUCAGGAGGAAGAAUUACAUUCAGAUGACUUUUUGUCAGAAGACAGCCAGUCCCAGCAAAAAGCGGAAAAGCGCAGAGCCAAGAAGAAGAGGCAACGAGAGAGAAAAAAACUAGAGAAAAAAAAGCAUCUGGAAGAGAAUGAGCAGGAGCCAGAGUGGGAUGUUAAUAGCGCAUUUGUUGCCAAUGCUGCCAGUCACCUAAGGCCCAAGACAAGAAACAAAGCAGACAAGAAGCACAGUAGUAACAAAGAGAACGAAGAGAAGAUCCAAGAGAUUCCUUUGACGUUUCAUGCAGCAGUGCCACCGAGGGUGGACGAGGGUGACUGCUUGAAUUCUUCUGUCCUAAGGGGAAGGCAACUUGCUGAACUCGGUAUUAAUUAUGUGGAAGAAGGAAACUACACCAAAGCAAUAGAACUGUUCAGUGAAGCCAUCAGAUUAGAUCCCAAGGAUUACAGGUAUUUUGGAAACCGUUCUUACUGCUAUGAGCAGUUAAAGCUUUAUCCUAAGGCUCUCAUGGACGCUGAAGUUUCCAUCCAACUAUCUCCUGAUUGCCCUAAAGGCUAUUUCAGAAAAGGAAGAGCUUUACGAGGCUGCAGUAGGAUUGUGGAAGCAGAAGAGGCUUUUAAAAUGGUUCUCCAGUUGGAUCAAGACUGUGAGGAGGCUCUGCGAGAGAUACAAACAUGUCAAGUAAUGAGGCUUAUGGAACAAGGUUUUACCCAGGAACAAAGUAUUAAUUUGCUGAAAGAAUAUAAAUCUGUGGCUGCAGUUUUGGAAGCCCCCAUUGCUGCUAAUGCCCCAGACAGCAAUCUGAAUGUGGCCUUAGAGGAGUCAGUUGAAGACGAGCCUUUCUGCUUAAGUGAUCUGUCUGAAACACAGAGUGCUUCCUUGUGGGUGGGAAACGUCACCGAUCAAAUAACAGAGAAGCAGCUGAGAGACCUCUUUAAAAGUUAUGGAGAAAUUCAUAGUAUUCGACUCCUUGGUGAACGGUUUUGCGCAUUCGUGAACUUUAAAUGUGUUGCUGCUGCUGCCAAAGCCCUGGAUGCUCUGCAGGGCAAGGAGAUAGAGAACACAAAAUUAUUGAUUCGAUACCCAGACAAGCCUUACCGACCCGCCGCUGUGAGCACUUCAGAAUCCGGCUUGAUAAGUUCCAAGAGGAAAGGGACAAGUAAAGUAAGUGAAUGUUAUUACUGGAGGUCCAGUGGCUGCAGCUUUGGGGACAAAUGCCGAUACAAACACAUUCCUGAGAACAAAGGGGUGGACAAGAAGCCCUGGAAGUGCUAGCCCAUCUUCCGCCUUAUUACAUAUGGAUCCAUUCAUGUUUGCGGUGAGAAAUCGAGAAGAAACCAAGACACAAUGUAAAAAUGUGCCAAGUACACUUGGUGGGAUGUAGUAGAGACUUCAACUAUGAGAGCUUCCCCCUUACAUAAGAGGACGUCUCUCCUUUGUGCACUAAAUAUUGCUCUAUGGAAUGCCAGACUCCUCUGUUGUCUACAAGACUCCAACCAAACAUUGGCUUAUUCAUGUCCAUAAGAUCUUCAAUUCAGGUCCACACAGAGAUUCGAAAUAGGCCCUGGAAUUUCAAGUACACAGAGGCCCAAACAGCCCCCACAGGCUUGUUUUAUUGUCUAUGGCAUUUUUACAGCAGCCAGAAUCUACAGCUUGCCAGUCCAGGCCUGCUUCAAUUCCAAAAAUGAGAUCCUACUGUGUUUACCGGAUCAUCUCAACUUAUAGAGUUGAGAUGCAAGACAUGGGAGAUUGCACUUUAUUUUAAUGCAGAGUUCACUUAAUACUGUGGGGUUGCUAUAUUCUAUUCAUCUAAGGUUACACCCAGUAGCAAAAGAAGCACCUUUAGACCAAACUGAGUCAUUGCCACCAUUCUCAUUGAGUGGAUAUUUGCAUUUGUUGCAAGCCCACAAAUGGUUCUGAAGGCCUUGCUUGGAAUCCCAGCACAAAGCAAAGUUGCAGAUGACCAUAUGCGAAAUGAGCGUUUUUGUGAUCCUAGUUCUAUUUUGGAAAGGUAGACUUGGCUCAGAUGGAUGUGUUAAGAACUGGAUCACCUCCUCUGAGCAUUACUUUCCAAUCCUGAAUGCUUGGAGAAACUGUGUCACAUUGUGUGUAAAUUGGGAAUUCUAAGGACCAAAACUUAAUCAUGUACUGAAAAACAACAGCCAAAGAAGUCAUAUUGUGCCUUAUUUUAUACCAAUGUUUCUACUGGCAAUACUUGCGAUAUUUACACUGUAUUAUUGAGAAAAAGUGUUUACUUUUGGGGUGUUUGUUUGUAUUGUCCUUUUAUAUAAAAUAAUGAAGCCCAGGGUAUGAGCUUGGACUGGAUUCGGUCUCAGAAGUAUGGUGCCUAUCUGUGCAUUCUUAUCUGUAUUAGGCAUUCGACACUCAAGUAUCAAAGCAAAGAGGUAAGUACCCUCUAUAAAAACUGGCUUUAUUGUCCAUUUAUUGCAUCUCUUUUAGAUAAUAUGAGGGCAUCGCUUAUUAUAAGCAUGUACCAUUCUGUCUCUGAAUAUAUGCAUAUGUGCACGGAAGAGGGCCUUGAUAUCAUUUGACACAUCAGAGACUUUCUCUGUGCACUUCAGUAGAACAGUGCCAUUUAUCUCUGAUCUCGAUGGAAAUGCCUACCGCUCAGUGUUAUUAAGUAAUCGAAGAAUGACUGUUCAGUGUGCAAACUAAACUGUGCCCUCACACUUAAUGGCACUCAUUUAUCAUUUACAGCCCGUUUUGUUUUAAUACCCGCACACAGAGUAAUUGGCAUUUGCAAAAAGUGUGAUAUGGUGGCUGAACAUUGGCCAGUUCUCGAAAGUAGAGGAUGGGCUGAACACAUAGGGCUAUACACAGUAUAAACACCUUUCUAUAGUUCCAUUUGGCCAGAACAUCUGGAAAUGAAGAAGAGCGGUAGCUCCCUGCACUGGCCGACAUGGUACAACUGGAUGACUUUUUCAGACCUGCCCAGUUAAUGAACCAGCCAGUGUCCAUGGUACAUAGAUCACCCAAGGAGCAUACACAUACUGAAAAUCCUAUGUGUACGGCCAGCAGAUAAGGGGAAAUAUGGUGGAUUACAUUGAUUUUUGCACUUUACAAAUUGCAUACUCUUUAUAAGUCAUCCCAGUUUCAAUUAAUAAAUAUGUGAUACACA